AUGGAUUCACAGCAGUUUAGAGAGGCGGCCAAGGCGGCAAUUGAUGAUAUCGCCAACUACUACGAUAACAUCUCCGAUCACCGAGUUGUUGCUGAUGUUGAGCCGGGCUAUCUGAGACCGCUCCUCCCCGCCUCGGCACCUCUCGAGGGCGAAUCAUGGGACUCCAUCAAGGCAGAUAUCCAGUCAAAAAUUCUGCCCGGCAUCACUCACUGGCAGGCGCCUGGUUUCAUGGCUUUCUUCCCCUGUUCAAGUAGUUACCCUGCUGCCAUUGCGGAAAUGUACUCCAACACCUUCAAUGGUGCCCAUUUCAACUGGAUCUGCUCCCCUGCAGUUACCGAGCUAGAGACGAUUGUGAUGGACUGGCUGGCUCAGGCACUGGGACUGCCCGAAUGCUUCCUGAGCGGUGGCUCAACCCACGGCGGUGGCGUUCUGCAUGGAAGUGCGAGUGAAGCCAUUCUCACCGUUAUGGUUGCUGCGAGAGACAAGUAUCUGAACGAGGCAACGGCUCAUCUGCCCGAAGGCGAGGAGAAAGAGGAGGAGAUGUGGAGGCUUCGCAGUAAGCUGGUUGCUCUGGGAAGCGAGGGCACGCACUCGAGCACCAAGAAGGCCGCACAGGUUCUGGGCGUACGAUUUGCCACAGUGCCGAUAUCAGAAAAAGAGGGCUACACCAUGACGGGUGAGGCUCUGGCUAAGAAGCUUGAAGAGCUGAAGGCCAAGGGUCUUGAGCCAUUCUAUCUGACUGCUACCCUGGGAACAACAGAUGUUUGCGCUGUUGACGAUUUCGAGGGCAUUGCCCGCACACUGGCGCCACGAGCCGGCAAGCCAGGCGAGAUCUGGGUCCACGUCGAUGCAGCUUACGCCGGAGCUGCGCUCAUCCUUGAUGAAAACAAGCCCCUGGCAAAGCCCAUCGCCAACUUCCACUCCUUCAACCUGAAUCCCCACAAGUGGAUGCUCACAACCUUUGACUGCUCUGCCGUCUGGGUCCGCCAGCGCGGCCACCUCAUCAACGCCCUCAGCAUCAAGCCCCAUUACCUGCGCAACCAGUACAGCGACAACGAGCUCGUCACCGACUACCGCGACUGGCAGAUCCCUCUCGGCCGCCGCUUCCGCUCCCUCAAGCUGUGGUUCGUCCUCCGCGCCUACGGCAUCCGCGGCCUGCAAGCCCACAUCCAGAGCGGUAUCACGCUGGGCGAGUCUCUCGAGGCCAAGCUCGUGACCAGGCCUGACCUGUUCACCAUCUUCACCAAGGCGCAUUUCGGCCUCGUCACAUUCAGGGUCAGCGGGGACAGCGAGGACAAGAUUAACAGCCGCACGUCGAAGCUGUAUGAUGCGAUUAAUGCCGGUGGCCAGUUUUACCUGACGAGCACGGUGGUCAAGGACCACUUUGCGAUUAGAGUGUGCACUGGUGUGGCGACGGUGCAGGAGGAGACUAUUCAGAAGUUGUUUGAUUUGCUAGUUGAGACGACCGAGGGACAGCUGAAGCUGGAAUAG